AUGACCAUGGAUGCUGUCUUAUCAGUCCAAAGGGCAUUACAGGAAAGUCAGAAGGAAAACUCUGACCUCCAUUACAAAGUUAAACAAAUUGAAGAAGAGAAGCUUCAACUAGAGGAGAAGUGCAGACAAUUGGAAGCACGAAAUAAAGACCUGGAAGGAAAACAGCAACGCCAGCCUGAUAUAAAAAUGAUAAAUGAGGGCUGGGGAAUGAAGUUUGCUCAAGGACGAAAGAAGUUUUUCUCCCGUUUUCUUUCGUCGGGACAGAGUGCUGAAUUAAAAGAAACAUCUGCCCAGCUUCAAGGAAAGAAAGCUACUAUUGAGGAGAUACAAUGGGAUCUCCAAAACAUGGAGCAAAAGAAUCAGGUGCUUCAAGGAAAACUCAAUGAAGCUGAGAAAACAAUUGAAAAAAUCCGCCAACAGGAAGAAGAAAAACGUAUUCUCCAGGACUUAGAGAGAAGGAAUCUAGAACUGCGAGAACUUUGUAAUGAAAUGAAGGACAAAAAAUCUGAACUGGAAAGAGAAAAGGAAAUACAAAUGCAGCACAAACUCAAAGCCAUGAGGGAAAUGUACGUAGAUCUGACAGUGAGGUUUGAUGAAACAGAGUGCAAAAAUAAAGAGCUUCUUGAAGAAAAAAAGCAACAGGAAGAAGAAAAACGUAUUCUCCGGAAGUUUGAGAGAAGGCAUCUAAAACUGCAAGAAUUUUGUAAUGAAAUGAAGGACAAAACACCUGAACUGGAAAGAGAAAAAGAAACACCAAUGGAGCACAAACUCAAAGCCAUGAGGGAAAUGUAUGUAGAUCUGAAAGUCAGGUUUGAUGAAACAGAGUGCAAAAAUAAAGAGCUUCUUGAAGAAAAAAAGCAACAGGAAGAGGAAAAACGUAUUCUCCAGGACUUUGAGAAAAGGAAUCUAGAACUACGAGAAUUUUGUAAUGAAAUGAAGGACAAAACACCUGAACUGGAAAGAGAAAAGGAAAUACUGGAAAAGCAAUGUUCAGAGAUGCAGUGUACGAUCGAUGGAAUAAGGAAAAAACACUCAGAGCUCAUGAAUGUGAUGUUGUUGAGGGUCACUGACUUGAGGAGCCAAAUAACUGAAAUGGAGGCACAAAAGCAACAACAAGAGAAAAAAUGGGAACACCUGCUGCGUAUGCAUGAAGAAUUCAAGAGAAAAAUUGACCUGAAAGAAGAGAUGUACAACAAAAAACAAGAGAGAAAUACAGACAUGCGCAAGGCAAAUCGAAUGGAGAAGGCAACAUACAAAGACCCGAAAGAAAAGCCUAGAAAAGAACAAGCAGGAUUAAAAGAAAUGGAGCAAAGAUGCAAGCAACUCGAGAAGCAAAAUGCAGAAACAAACGAUCAGUUGAGAACCCUUAUCCUGGAGAAAAAAGCGCUCAUGGAAAAAUACCUGGAAACGAAGAAAAGAGGCUUCUGCUGGUUAUUCAGAUGAUUUAGCCUCGUCUUCCUCCACCUGUGAGCCAUCUUAAUUGUCACC